AUGAGAAAAAGGGCCUUCUCUGUUGCUUAUCUUUGUCACAAAGCAGGGGCGAAAGGUACUGCUACUACUGCCGCUUUUACUACUCUUUCAUUUCUUUCUCCAAUAAAUUCAACCCCCAUCCAAUCAGCUUUUCACUCUGCAGCCCUCACUAUUGGUAUUGAAAGUAGUAAUCAUCAUCAGGCUAAGCCUAACAACAUUGUUCAUUAUGGGUCUCGGAGAUUGAGGAGUGAUAUUGACGGUAUCAGCAAUCUCGAUGAAGCUCUAGGCUUUUACAAGCAGAUGGUACGGAUGAAACCUCUGCCUAGUGUUGUUCAUUUCAAUAGACUGCUGGGUCGUAUUGUUAAGAUGAAGCAAUAUUUGGUGGUUCUUUCUAUUUCCAGGGAUAUGGCUGAGUUGGGAUGCAUUCCGCUUGAUGAUUACACGCUAAGUAUUGUGAUUAAUUGUUACUGCUUCUUGGGUAGAGUGGAUUUUGGGUUUUCUAUAUUUGGUGGCUUCUUCAAGCGAGGUAUUUUGCCCAAUACGGCCACCUUUACCACUCUGCUCAAAGGACUCUUUCGGGAACACAAAAUUCAUGAGGCACAAGGAUUGUUCAAAAAAAUAAUAUAUGAAAAGCUUUGCAUACCUAAUGAAAUUACGUAUGGGACUGUGAUAGAUGGGCUUUCUAAGGCUGGGAACACUAGUAUGGCCAUUCAAGUCCUUAGAUUCAUGGAAAAAGGAGGAAGGUGCAGGCCUCAUACAGCUGCUUACAACACUAUUAUCGACGGGUUGUGCAAGGAUAAAAUGAUGGAUCAAGCUCUCUCCCUGUUACACGAGAUGAUUGAGAAAGGAAUUGCCCCCGAUGUCAUCACUUACAAUUGUUUGGUCCAGGGUCUGUGCAAUUUAAGUAAAUGGAAGGACGUUGAAAAUCUCUUUACUGAGAUGAAGGCUUAUAAUAUUGUUCCUGAUGUUGUUACUUUUAAUAUUCUAAUUGAUGCACUAUGUAAGGAAGGACAGUUAGCAGAUGCAUAG